CUUCACUCAGUAGGAGCUUGCAGCUGCCAUUUGCUCUGAAACUAUCGCUAAAAUCUUGAACUGCCUCACCUUCCCACCUUAUCCUCUUCUUCUUCUUCUUCUUCUCACACUCACAGACAGACCACAAUGGCAAACGAAGACUCAGCUAGACCCACUGACUCAGAACAACAACAAGAAGAAGAAGAACAGGAAGACCAACAAAAUGAGCAAACCACAGACGAAGAAGACCAAGACCCAGAUGAAGAAAAUCCCUCCUCAGCCAACUCCGAAUCUGAGUACGACUCGGACGAAUCUUACUACACCGACUACUCCGACGAGGACCAGCUCACUUACACCCGGUUCGGAGAGGAACCGCCCGAGUCGGAGAACACCCCGGAGAUCAACAUCCGACGGUUCACCCGGGCCCUGGACAGCAGGCACUUGAAGAAGAAGCAGGAAGAGGAGGACCGGCGCGUCAAGUACGACGACGACCUCUUCGACUUUCCCAAGGACCCAGAGAACUGGAAAGAGGAGGACUUGCAGGAGCUCUGGGCCGACGCUCCGCUCCCCAUGACCAAGCCCGGAUGGGACCCCGUCUGGGCCGACGAGGACGACUGGGGGGUCGUCGAGGAGGAGAUCGAGGAAGGCCGGGACCCCCCCAUUGCGCCAUUCUAUGUGCCGUAUCGGAAGUAUUACCCGGCGAUACCGGACAACCACCAUGAUAUAGAGAAGCCCAAGGCGGUGAUUGAGGAGUUGGAUAGGAUCGAGGAGUUUCUCAAAUGGGUCAGCUUCGUUUUCCCCGAUGGGAGCUCGUAUGAAGGCACAGUUUGGGAUGACUUGGCUCAUGGAAAAGGUGUAUACGUUGCUGAACAGGGGCUAGUCAGGUAUGAAGGUGAAUGGCUUCAAAACAACAUGGAGGGUCAUGGCGUUGUUGAAGUUGACAUACCAGAUAUAGAACCUGUCCCAGGUUCCAAGCUUGAAGCAAAGAUGCGUGCUGAAGGGAAAAUAAUAUCAAGGGAUUAUAUGACCCCAAAGGACAAAGAAUGGCUGGAGAUGGAUAUUGAAGAUAGUGUUCGUCUUGCUGAUGGGGAGUAUGAGAUACCAUUUUAUGAAAGCGAUGAGUGGAUCAGACAAUUUGGGAGGAAACCGGAGAAGGGUCGAUACCGCUAUGCUGGUCAGUGGAAGCAUGGCAGAAUGCAUGGAUGUGGUGUUUAUGACGUCAACGAGCGUACCAUAUACGGUAGGUUCUACUUUGGGGAGCUAUUGCAGGAUUCUACUGGUUGUGAUGAAGAUACUUGUGCGCUUCAUUCGGGUAUAGCAGAAGUAGCUGCUGCCAAGGCUAGGAUGUUUGUUAACAAGCCUGAUGGAAUGGUGAGGGAAGAGAGGGGUCCAUAUAGUGAUCCUCAACAUCCAUAUUUCUAUGAAGAAGAAGAUGUGUGGAUGGCACCAGGUUUCAUUAACCAAUUCUAUGAGGUCCCUGAUAAUUGGAAAACAUAUAUACAAGAGGUGGAUCAGGAGAGGGAAAUGUGGUUAAAUUCCUUCUAUAAAGCGCCACUAAGACUACCUAUGCCUGCUGAGCUUGAAUACUGGUGGUCCAAAGAUGAGACUCCGGAAUUUGUUCUCAUCAAUAAGGAGCCAGAGCCUGAUCCUGAAGAUCCCUCUAAGCUUAUAUAUAGUGAAGAUCCUCUCAUACUACACACACCAACCGGAAGGGUAAUUAAUUAUAUUGAGGAUGAGAAAUAUGGACUUCGCUUGUUUUGGCAGCCACCUCUGAAAGAUGGGGAAGAUGUUGACCAAGAGAAGGCCCAAUUCCUACCCCUGGGCUUUGAUGAGUUUUUUGGAAGAGAUGUGGUUGUGAAGAAAGAAAGCAUAUGGAUGCGUCUUGUAUUGGCAGUGGAAAAUGCAUGCAAGCCAUUAUUUGAUAAACUAGAGAAAUGGACAGAAGAGAAGAAGAAAGCUAGUGAGAUGAAGAUGACGUUGAUUGAAAAAGAACUUGAACUGAUAGAGGCUGAAUUGUGUCUGGAAGAGGCCAUUGAGGAUAUGGAUGACGACUUGAAGAUGAGAGAGAAAGAGGAGGAAAAGGUGGAAAUGGGUUUGCAGAAGGAAGAAGAUACUUCUGCAUUGGCCAACCAAGAUGAUGAGAGAUCAGCAGUAGAAGAGGAUGCAGUAGAAGAGGAGGAAGAAGAAGAGGAGGAUGAUGUUGAACCUUCAAGUUUUGGGUCAGUUACCGCAGAUCAGGACACAGGAAGGAAUGGCCAAAAAGGAAAGAAACCCGGAGAAUCUCCAUUUUCGACAUCUUCUUUGUCAUUUGCUUCUAGUAGCCUUGUUUCAGGGGUGCCAUCGAUGCUACAACAAUCAUUCUUAUCAUGGAAGGAGGCUAGAUCAAUGCCAAGGGCAGCUCCUCCUCCCUCAUGUGUUGAGGGCCCCAGUGGUCUCCUGAAAACUGUUGAUUCAGUCAGUUUUCCUCCGGUGCUUGGUUCAAAAGGACGGUUGAAAGCCGGGCAAACACACGGGAAAGUCCAAGCACGAAGUCACUCAAGCAGAAGGUUAUCUCAGAUGCGUUCAUUAUCUCAAAUUCUGUCAGGUUUGUCAGCUUCCGGAUACUCGAAAACAAGUCUACCAGAGCCAAGAAGGAGCUCUUGUUGGCUGCAUAGAGCACCGGAGAGGGACUUUGACAGUAUAUUGUCUUUGAACAUGCCAAUGCAUUAUUUGGAACCAUAUAGAGAAAGUAUAUGUGAUAAGCCUCUGUCUUUCCCUGUUUAGCAUUUUCUGCGAACUAAAUGAUACUGAAAGAGGGGUAAAUUCUUUUUAAGGCCUCAUUUUGGCCUUUUUUUUUAGUGUGUACUUCAUUAGCUUUGCCUCUUAUCAGAUAAGAGAAAUCAGAAAAUGAAAACGCUUUGGAUUCAAAUCUAAUUUUCCUAUAAUUCAAAGGCUGAGGCUGUUUAUGUGCC